CUCAUUAGCGACCUCCAGAGGGCCAGGAUGGUUUGGUACCGGUGUGAUAGAGCACUCUUCUAGUUUUAACGACUCUAUUUGCAUAGCGGACUUCCUCCCGCCGGUCUGCAGUGCUUUUCUUCCCUCCUUCUCAUUCCUCUGCACCCACAUCUGUGGGUUCCUCUCUGCUUCCCAGAAGAUCUUUUCUCUAGGGGACUCCCUCGGAGCUUGAGUCCCGGGCUCUUCUCCCUCGGCCCGGCGAGGUCUGGAGGCACCUGGGGGAGUAGAGUUCGGCACCAGCCUGGGCUGGGGAGCCGCCCUGGCACUGCCCGACCCUAACAAAGGGAAUCGGGCAGCGCGCCUCGCGAGCGAUCGGUGGGCUCCGCGGCUGCCGCGUCCUUCCCGGCUGAGAGCGCUGCAAGCAGGGGUAGAGCCAGCUGUGCCAAGCUCCGCAGCCAGAGGCUGAGAAAGAAGCAAUCCGUGCUCCGGAAGUCAACUGAAAUGAACUGGCCCCCUUGAGCCUUCCCCAAAUACCUGGUACCCACUUUCCAGCCCGAUGCUGAGAUGGUUUUUGAUCAUCCUGAGAAAAAUGAGCCUUGGCCUCCAGACCUAGUAAAGUAAACCUCUUUCCCAUGGAGAACAGUGCUGGCUCCUGAGGACCUGGAGGGCCUGCAGCCCCAGAGGGAUUCUCCAGAAGCAGGCUUGGUUCCUGCUCCAAACAGUGGCUCUCUUGCCUGUACCAUCCAUUAUGAUUCAUACCAACUUGAAGAAAAAGUUCAGCUGCUUCAUCCUGGUCUUUCUCCUAUUUGCAGUCAUCUGUGUGUGGAAGAAAGGGAAUGGUUAUGAGGCUCUUACAUUGCAAGCCAAGGCGUUCCAGAUGCCGAAGAGCCAGGAGAAAGUGGCUAUGGGGCCUGCGUCCCAGGCUGUGUUCUCAAACAGCAAACAAGACCUUAAGGAAGGCAUCCAAAGCCUCAGUUACUCAAGGGUCACAGCCAAGGUCAAACCACAGCCCUCCUACCAGGUGUGGGAUAAAGACUCCACAUACUCAAAAGUUAACCCCAGGCUACUGAAGAUUUGGAGGAACUAUCUGAACAUGAACAAAUAUAAAGUAUCCUACAAGGGGCCGGGGCCAGGAGUCAAGUUCAGUGUAGAAGCACUGCGUUGCCACCUUCGAGACCGUGUGAAUGUGUCUAUGAUAGAGGCCACAGAUUUUCCCUUCAAUACCACUGAAUGGGAGGGUUACCUGCCCAAGGAGAACUUUAGAACCAAGGCUGGCCCUUGGCACAGGUGUGCUGUCGUCUCUUCUGCGGGAUCUCUGAAGAACUCCCAGCUGGGUCGAGAGAUUGAUAAUCAUGAUGCAGUCCUGAGGUUUAAUGGGGCACCUACAGACAACUUCCAACAGGAUGUGGGCACGAAAACUACCAUUCGCCUAAUGAAUUCUCAGUUAGUCACCACAGAAAAGCGCUUCCUUAAGGACAGUUUGUACACCGAAGGAAUCCUGGUUGUAUGGGACCCAUCCGUGUAUCAUGUAGAUAUUCCAAAGUGGUAUCAGAAGCCAGACUAUAAUUUCUUCGAAACCUAUAAGAGUUACCGAAGACUUCACCCCAGCCAGCCUUUUUAUAUCCUCAAGCCCCAGAUGCCAUGGGAACUAUGGGACAUCAUUCAGGAAAUCUCUCCAGAUCUGAUUCAGCCAAACCCCCCAUCCUCAGGCAUGCUGGGUAUCAUCAUGAUGAUGACGCUGUGUGACCAGGUGGAUAUUUACGAGUUCCUCCCAUCCAAGCGCAAGACGGACGUGUGCUACUAUCACCAAAAGUUCUUUGACAGCGCCUGCACGAUGGGUGCCUACCACCCGCUCCUCUUUGAGAAGAAUAUGGUGAAACAUCUCAAUGAGGGAACGGAUGAAGACAUUUAUUUGUUUGGGAAGGCCACCCUGUCUGGCUUCCGGAACAUUCGCUGUUGAGCACAAUGUUCCUAGCCAGGCACCCUCCUCUUCCUCCAUAGGUCAUUUUAUGGCUACUCUCCUGGUUACCGCUGCUUGAGGGAGUGUUUUUAUUCAACAGGCCCAGUCUGCUUCCUGCACUCUAGAGAAUCUCGCUGACAAGAGUUCUGGGGCCUUCAGAGCCUGAUGGCUAGGAGGCAGACCCAGCCUUUCCUGCAGCCACAAGACUAUGGAAGCCCAUAUUCUUGCCACAUACGUUCCUCUUAGAGAGCAUCCUCGUGUCCUUCCACAUGGGUAGGGGGAAGAUCCACAUUUCUCACCAGGGUUGCCAAAACUAGACUUUGUUUUUUUUUUUUUUUUCCAACCAAAUGAUGUUGUCCUAACAAAGGAACAUCCUCUGUGGCUUGAAAUCUCUCCUUAAAAAUCUUGAUUUUACAUCGUUCACAUCUCCUAAAUCAUGAUUUCUGACAGAUGCAGGCUGGUUUCAGGGAGGGGAAGCAAAUAAUUGGGACAGGAUGAGGAAGCCUACUCAGUUACUCCAGAGUAAAGUUCUUCCCAAGGGCACUCACUUGGGGACAUAGUGCCAUUGUCACGCUGUCUGGCUAAGCUGAUCCUUAAUCCUGGGUGCUUAUGAGCAAAGGAUCUUGGGUAGCCCACUUCCCACUCCCUGUGGAAACGAAAGGUCCAAAAACCUUUCCCAAGUUGGUCUGUUCCCAACCUGAUCAGAGUUGAGUGGAAGAGAGAGACACCCAACAGGCAGCUAGAAUGCAAACCUUCCAUGUACUCAGUGACCUGGUCUCUUCUUUAAGAGCCUGCUGCCUGUACUCCCAGGAGGGGCCAGCUCUACCAUGUUCUUGUAUUGCUGAGGCACUGGGGAAGCUCUUAGAGGAAGAAAAGACACACGCUACCUGUGUCAAAAGAUCUAUUUUCAUUUUCCCUUUAUCACUGAUGUUACAUUCUGAGUGGCCUUUUAGAACAUGGAGGCCUAAGGUAUUUUACUAGGAAGUCCCUACCCACAUUGACACCAAGUGCUGCCCCACAGUAGACAGGUUAGUCAGAUAGACUAGGGCUCUUGUAUUUUUUUUAAAUGUCUACUCCCUAACUUUCUCCUAAUUGCUAUCAUUACUCUCCCUUACAACAGGCUUCCCUCCCAAAUUGCUUUUAAUCAUUUUCUGUUUGACAAAUACCCCAACUUUUGCUGACCUUCUGGGCCCCCCUCCCCCAUGAAGGGUCUCUCAGGGCAUGGGGAAUAUGUUUUCUGGGACUUAGGUUAGAACCUUAAUCAUAACUCAUUCUCACAAGGGGUGAGGUGUGUGAUCACAGAUUGUCCUGCACUCCCUGCAAGGGAGUGACAUUGCUCUCCGGGCAGGAAGCACCCACCCUGUUGGGCAAGCAUCCUCUCACAAGGGUUUUCUGAGACUUCUCUACCUGGUGGGAAGCCACAGCGGCCCAACCAGCCCCUGAUGUGGAGUGGUUCAAUGACUUAUGGUCAAAGUUAAUGCUAUGGAACCAAGGCCACUAAGACACAAUCUGCUGGAUUCCCAAGGCUGGCCUGUGUGCUCACAGGGCUUCAGUGUUCCGAGCUGCAGACCCACUGUCUUAGAGCUCAGAAACUUGUUUACUGCUGACUCCUUGCCUUAUGCGGGCAAUAGAAAGCCCGGAGUGAAAAGCCCUGGGUUUCCAGGUUGACCCCCACUUCCUCACUGUGCCACUUUGUUUCCAUAUCUGUAAAAUGGGGGUGACAAUCCUACCUCACAGGGCUGUGUGGGGACCACAAGAAAACAUAUGGCUGGGCUGUAUAAGGACCACUGGAAAGCACGUGGCUGGGCUGUGUCCACGGUGCAUAGGAAGUAGGUACCCUGCUGUCUUUCCUUGUCUCUUUCUUUAUGGAGGACCACACCUGGUGAUCACACCUGUGCUGGGCCUUGCUGCAAGGGAGUGCAGUGGAGAGGGGCAGGGCAUCCUUUCUGUCGUGAGGCAACUGCAUCAUUUGCAACAUGCAGAAGCGCUACCUUCUUGCUUCUUGCUGCCUGCGCCUCAGGGUGCACAGAGCGUUGGGCUGCGUGGCUGCUGUGCGGGAUGGGUCUAGAGAAUUCCUAGCUCACUUCAAGUUCUGAUCUCACAGGCUCAUUCUAACGUAUCAGGACUGUGGAUAGAGUGCCCAGGAAGCUGACGUUCCUUCUGUCAGCAUGAGGUACAUUAGAGACAGAGACUACACUGGGUAGAUUCUAGUUUUUAAUUAUUAAUGUGGGGGAAUAAAUUAAUAAGUGUAAUAUGAUUCUGAUGUCUAUGAGACUUUCUCUGUGCUCUGUAAAUGUGGAUGCCUGAGUAAAGUGGAAUACGGAGUGGAUGUGGGCGUCACUGUUAGUCUGGUGAGGUGUUUAGUAUUUGCGGCAGGUAGUUUAACAUCUGUGACUGAGUGCUACAGGAAUGCCUCUGUCUGUGUGGGCGCUGACGUCAGUAGCCAUCUAUGCAUCCUAAAUGCAGGAGCCUCUUGAUUCUUUCUGCCAAUCAAAUCUAUCGUUGCUCUUGGUUCGGGGUUUGUGUCAGAAACUUUUUAAAACAUACCUGUUAAUUCUAAAUUAUCCAAAGAUUAUGUGCAAAUUUUAAAAUAAAUGUCUUUUU